GAAACUUGGCCUGCAUAGUGUAUCCCGCGAUAUCAUAUUCUGUCCCCGCAUUCUUAUCAUUGCCCUCCAUUGUCCUACGAAAGUAGUCUUGUGAGAUUAUCCUAGUAUUGAAGCCAUCAGUUACCCUUAUCCAUAUUGCCUUACUAGAGCAACCGCAUCAUUAAUUAAUCGUCAUGAGCGACACUGUAUCAGCUCGUCAAAGACUAUACCAGCUGAGCAAUCACCUACCUGUGUCUGAAGUUGCUCCCAAUGCAGAGAGCAGUCACAUUACCGACUCGAAGAGCCUUACUGAUAGUAUUCCUACUCCGAUAAUACCUGAGAGCUCUACGUGGAAGAGACUUGAAGGAAAGGUCAUCAUUAUCACCGGCUGCAACUCUCCCACCGGCAUCGGGAUUGCCAGCGCCUACCUCUUCGCCGUGAACGGCGCUCGGGCCAUUUACAUCUGCGACGUCUCGGCCACGCACCUGUUCUCGACGCACCAGCCGCAGUUGUCGCGCAGGUUUCCCCAUGUCGACAUUCACGCGCGGCAGUUUGACGCUGCAGACGAACAGGCCGUCAGGAGCGUCGUAGAUGAUGCUGUCCGGCGGUAUGGUCGACUUGAUGUUUUCUUUGCCAAUGCAGGGAUUGUUUCUGCGGCUUCUGGAUCUGGAUCUGAUAUGAAGCCGGAUGGAAUAUCUCCAGCAUCAACGCCACGACCACAACAACGUCAGCAGCAGCAGCAGCAGCAACCAAAACGAUUUACGGACCUGAGUGUCUCAGAAUUCGAGCGCAUGAUGCAUGUUAAUGUGACGAGUGUCUUUCUUGCACUCAAAUAUGCCACGCCCGCUAUGCUUCUUACCUCUUCUCAUCCUCUUCCUACUGUUACUGCAGUCCCAACCAAUCUACCACACCCGCCUGCGACACCAACAACAAACACCCUUCCAAACGAAAAAGACAGAAAUGAUACAAGAGAACCUAAAACCACCCCAGGCGGCAGCUUCAUCACGACCUCCUCGGUCGCCGGCCUCCGCAGCAACGCCGGUCCAUCGGACUACUCCGCGUCCAAAGCGGCCGUCAUCUCACUCAUCCAGACCAGCUGCUACCAGCUCGCGGGGACCGGGGUGCGUUGCAACGCGAUCUGCCCUGGGCUCAUCGAGACGGGGAUGACGCGGGUGGUAUUCGAGGGGGCGCGGCAGCGGGGCACAGAGUCGAAGAUCGGACAGGUGAAUCCGCUGAAACGCGCGGGGAGAGCAGACGAGGUGGCGCAGUUGGCGGUGUUCCUGGCGAGUGAGGAGAGUAGUUAUGUUAAUGGCCAGGCGGUGCCGGUGGAUGGCGGGUUGAGUGCGGGCUUGCCUGGGGUUGUGGGGAAGAUGGGAUGACGGGGU